ACAACCUGCAGAAAGAAAGAAGGCAUCAAGACCCCAUCUUAUUUAUUUUUUUACCAUUGCACUAUUACAGCCUUUGCAACAAGGGUGGGGGGAUCUUAAACGCCUAUGUUCAUCUUUGGACCCAUUGUAACAAAUAGGAGCAGCAGGAGAAAUUCCUCUGUCUGCAGAUUUACAAUGCUGCGAACUAAGGAUCUCAUCUGGACUUUAUUUUUCCUUGGAGCUGCAGCAGCUCUAGAAGUUACCAUUGUCCCUGAUCAAGGAGAAAUAGGCCUUGGAGAAUCCAAAUUCUUCUUAUGUCAAGUAACCGGUGAAGCAAAUGAGAUCUUCUGGGAAUCUCCAAGCGGUGAAAAAUUAAUCAACCAACAGCAGAUUUCGGUAGUGAAGAGUGAUGACUAUUCAUCCACACUUACCAUAUACAAUGCCAGCAUUCAGGAUGCCGGGACCUACAAAUGCAUCGCCACUAGCGAAGAAGAAGGACGGUCGGAAAGCACUGUCACACUUCAGAUAUAUCAGAAGCUGACCUUUAAGAAUGCACCCACCCCGCAGGAGUUCACUGAAGGGACAGACGCUGUUAUCAUUUGUGAUGUCUCAAGCUCAAUGCCCUCGGUUAUUAUCUGGAAGCACAAAGGCAGAGAUGUGCAGUUUAAAAAGGAUGUCCGCUUUAAUAUGCUUUCCAAUAAUUAUCUGCAAAUCCGAGGAAUUAAGAGAACUGAUGAAGGGACAUACCGAUGUGAGGGCCGGAUCCUAGCACGAGGAGAGAUAAACUACAAGGAUAUUCAAGUUGUAGUGAAUGUUCCACCAACUGUGCGGGCCAGACAAAUGGUUAUCAAUGCCACGGCCAGUAUGGGAGAGUCAGUGACUGUAAGCUGCGAGGCUGAUGGAUUUCCUGAGCCUGAAAUUAGCUGGACAAAGAGAGGUGAACCUAUAGAGGAUGGAGAUGACAAAUACUCCUUUAGUGAUGACAUGUCAGAGAUGACCAUUCAUGGAAUCGAAAAAGAUGAUGAGGCUGAAUAUAACUGUAUUGCUGAAAAUAAAGCUGGUGACAGUGAAGCCACCAUUCUUCUCAAGGUCUAUGCAAAACCUAAGAUUACCUAUGUUGAAAAUAAGACUGCUGUGGAGCUGGAUAAUGAGAUCACCCUGACCUGCGAGGCAUCAGGAGAUCCUUUGCCCAGCAUCACUUGGAGAACAGCCACACGCAACAUAAGCGAAGAGGACAAGGCUUCGUGGACUCGACCCCAGAAACAAGAGACCUUGGAUGGGCGUAUUGUGGUUCAGGGGCACAUCAGGAUGUCUUCUCUCACCUUGAAGGACAUCCAGUACACCGAUGCUGGGGAAUACUUCUGCGUUGCCAGCAACACCAUUGGCCAGGACACACAAGCUAUGUACUUCGAAGUGCAAUAUGCUCCCAAAAUUAAAGGCCCAGUGGUUAUUUAUACCUGGGAGGGAAAUCCUGUUAACAUUACCUGUGAAGUCCUCGCCUAUCCUACGGCAAGAGUGUCCUGGUUGAGGGAUGGACAACUUCUGCCAAGUUCCAACUCCUCAAACAUCAAGAUCUACAAUACUCCAUUUGCCAGCAGCCUAGAGAUAAACCCUGACUCUGAAAGUGAUUUUGGAAACUACAAUUGCACUGCAGUUAACAGCGUUGGACAGGAGUCUUCUGAGUUCAUUCUCGUACAAGCCGAAACCCCAUCAUCACCAAACAUUGUCAGGGUGGAGUCCUACUCAAGCACCGCUAUGGUUGAAUUUGAAGAACCAGACUCUACUGGGGGAGUACCCAUCCUCAAGUACAAAGCAGAAUGGAGACAUACAGGAGCAGAGACAUGGCAAACCUCUAACUUUAGUGCCCGAGAUGAAAGUUCAGAGAGCACAAUCACAAUCGGAGGUCUUAGGCCCGAGACAUCAUAUGUUGUCAAACUGUCUGCUAUCAAUGGCAAAGGGAUUGGAGAGGCAUCCCUACCUUAUGAGUUUGUGACCCAGCCAGUCCGAGAACCAAGUGCUCCAAAGCUGACAGGUCGUGUUGGAGAAGAUGGAAAUUCAUUUAAAGUCAUCCUCAUCAAGCAAGAUGAUGGUGGCUCUCCAAUCCGCCACUACCUGGUCCGCUACAAAGCUAAAAAUUCUGUGGACUGGAAACCUGAAAUGAAGAUAUCCUCAGACGGCGACCACAUUAUGCUCCGUUCAUUAGAUUGGAAUGCUGAAUACGAGGUGGUGGUUGUAGCUGAAAACCAACAAGGGAAAUCAAAGGCCGCUUUCUUCAACUUCAAGACCACCACAAAGCCCACAGUCAUUCCAGCCACCACAAGCACCACCUCUGGUUUGGGUACAGGAGCCAUUGUAGGAAUCCUUAUUGUCGUCUUUGUUCUUCUGUUGGUGGCGGUGGAUGUCACAUGCUACUUCCUUAACAAAUGCGGCCUGCUCAUGUGCAUUGCAGUCAAUUUCUGUGGGAAGGCUGGCCCAGGUGCAAAAGGCAAAGACAUUGAAGAAGGAAAGGCAGCAUUUUCAAAAGAUGAAUCUAAAGAACCCAUUGUUGAGGUACGGACAGAAGAAGAGAGGACACCAAACCAUGAUGGAAGCAAUCAGACAGAACCAAAUGAGACCACUCCUCUUACAGGACCUGAGCAUCCAGCUGAUACUACUGCUACCGUCGAGGAUAUGCUGCCAUCUGUCACCACUGUCACCACUAACUCUGAUACUAUCACAGAAACUUUUGCCACUGCUCAAAAUAGUCCCACAAGUGAAACCACAACCCUUACUUCUAGCACUGCCCCUCCACCCACAUCUGCUCCUGAUUCAACCUCAACUCAGUCUGCUCAAGCAACUCCCUCCAAAACAGAGACACCUGCAGCACCCUCACCUGCUCCUGCUGCUUCUCCAAAGGUCGCUCCUCUGGUAGAUCUAAGUGAUACCCCAUCUACUAACAGUUUAGUUAAUUCUGCAGCCAGUCAAGGUGGAGUGUUGAGUGUUGCUGGCACCACUGUAGCUGAGGCUCCCAAAGCCACUGCUAUGGCUCAAGCGACAGUCCCAGCCAGUACCGCUAGCCCCCCAGCUACUCCAGAACAAGUUAAGCAAUCUGCCACCAAAAGUCCAGAAAAGGAAACAGUACCACCCAGCACAGUGAAAAGCCCAACAGAGGCUACCAAGAAUGAGGCAGCUUCCCUCAGCAACACAAAACCCACCCAGGGUGAGGACUUUCAAAUUGAUGGGGGGACCUUCAAGACUCCAGACAUUGACCUUGCAAAGGAUGUUUUUGCAGCUCUUGGAACUUCUUCUUCUGCCGUUGUGGCUAGUGGGAAAGCUCCUGAGCUGGCUUCUUCCACUACAGACACCUCUGUACCGCCUGCUUCAUCCAACACAGAGAAAGCCCCUGUAGAAGAGAACUCCAAGCCAGAGGAAUCAGACAGCAAGAGCACCUCUGCAGAAGUGAAAACAGUUCCCAAUGAAGCCACUCAAACAAAUGCAAGCGAGAGUAAAGCAUGAUUCCCUUCUUGAGGGUGCGGGUGUGUUACAUGAGAAGGGGAAAGUGGAUACUAAAAAUAAUGUUCAAAGAGCCUCAUGCUAGCCAUUUACAGAGUGAGGUUCAUACACACAAACACGUCAUCAUUCCUCUCAAAUCUUGGCCUUUGUUGUUAUAAUUAUUAUUAUUUUUGUUUUGUUGAGUUAUUUUUUCUUUUAUGAAAACCUGUUUGUUUUGUGAGACUGUAGAAAAGGUUCAUCUCUUGUGUUCUCAUUCUUUAUGAACAAAACCUGGUGAGAACAUUUCGAUAAGAUUUCCCAUGCAAUGUCCUGAAGUAAAAUUACCAUUCCCAGUUUUUAUCAUGCGGGAAGGAAAAGGUAUUUGCAGUUAAGACCAAUGCAUGUAGCUGAUUUAAGACCUUUAUCAAGCUGGGUUGCCCAUGUCAAGGUCUAAAAAUCCUUAAGAGCCUAGUUCUGUUCUUAAGUAAUACACCAUGUGAAAAGUCUGUAUGUUUUUCCCUUUUAAGUUGUAGAAGCUGGUUCUACUUGCAUGGCUGGCAUUGAGAAAGUUUACAUGUUGGCUGUCACAUUCUACCACUGUAUAGGAAAAUAAAAUUGGAGAAGUUGGAAAGUAAUCUGUAUGUGUCUUAAAGUCUUUCACCUUAUUAUAUUAACUGAAUGGUUAUUAAUAGUACAUGAUUGAAACAAAAUUGCUUGGUGGCUUAAUUGUGUAUGGUGAAUUCCUUGUCUCAUUUCUUCUGAGUUGACAGAAAAAUGUCCCACAUAUUGUUUCUAUCUUUACCGGCUAAUAAUUAUUUGAGCUUUAUCCAAUAGAAAGCAACUAUGCCUUAUACUUGGUUAUCAUAAAUGAUGGUGGGCAUUUUCUAAGAAUUUGUAGGGAAGGAUUGAUGCCCAGCAUGCUGGCCAUUUAUGUUGGGCAUCAUGAAUAAGGGUCAUCCUGUGGGGACAUUCAGGCUAUAAAUAAAGCGGCUAUUGGUGAAAUGUGUAUAGAAUUGGUUGCAUAUACACAAAAGUUUGGUGCCUACACUAUUUUUUUGUGAAGCCAGAUGCAAAAGGUAGAUUGGUCAUAGGAGAAAUGUAGAACUUUUUGGUUCUUAUGUAGAAGCCUUGUCAAAAAAGUAGCCCUUCCAAUUUGAUAAUAAUGUUAAGAACGGUUGAGUAAUCAGAAUUUGCAGUGGACAGAAUGGACUAUGUACAAUAUCUAUUGCUGUGGUCAUAGACCCCAAACAACGUAAUCCAAUAUAUUUUCUUUAAUGUAUAUGAUCUUACAACUGAGGAAGGACCUCAAAUCUGGCUCAAUCUUGCCAAUUUAUGCUCUUCAUAAUUCUGUAAAGUUUGGAAAUGUCUUUAAACAGAUGUGUAUGUCAAAUUUUGGGGUUGAAAUGUGUUAUUGUGUCAGUACAUCCCAGUACCAAUAUAUCUCACAUGCAAAGUGUUUUGUGUAUUCACUCUAGCACCAAUAUUGUUGCUCUAUUAGAUAUGACUGCUUCAAAAUGUGCUUUUUCCAUAUAGACAUAUACAAUAGCAGUGUAGUGGCUCCAUAAGAUAUUUCUAAACCAGUAUUUUAAGACAUCGCAAAUUGGAGGCAGUCAUAGUGUUGCCUGAAACAGCAUUCCUGCAAUUGUGGAUUCUAAAAGAUCAUUGGUACCGCCAAAGCAGUAAUUGGAAUAAAGUAAUAACAUACAAGAUGCCCAAUUAAACUUUCACCAUUGGCUCCUUACCCACAAAUGACAACUGUAAAAGGCUGACUUCUUAAGAAGAGCUGAGCUCAACCACAGCUCUACUCAACAUUGGUUUUGCCUUCAGUCAAGUUGUUGCACAGUGAAGUAUUAUUGAAUGAGCGAGAACAUACAAACUUAUGUCAAUUUCAUGUAGUUGAUGGAAACAUGCUGUUUUCAAAAUUUCUCACUUAAAUCUAAAUUUUACUUUUGGACUACUGCAGUAAAUUAUCAUAACUCUAAUUCUAAUAUCUAAUGUACUGAAGUACAUUAGAUACUCCAUUAACAAAAAUAUAGAGUAAACCAUCUCUAGUUAUAUUUAGGCUUCAAAAAUUAUGAUCCAUGGUGCAGAUUUUUUGUUAAUGCAGUACCGUUUGAAGAAUUUUAUUGGUCAAAAUGAAUGCUGUUCAAAGAGACUUGUUUUUCUACCAUAGUGGUGAAGCCAUUUUGUCAGCUCAGUUAAAACGUAUAGGAAUGUCAGUGGUUUUCAGAGAUUUUUUGGUGACUCCACUGUGUAAAACCAAUGUUUUGAUGAACGAUAAGUUGUUAUAACUAUUUUCUGCCAAUAAUGGUAAUAUUGUAUAAAUAUGAUGUGUGGAAAGAAAAAUACAAAACAUUCAGUUGUUUUUGGGUGCCUCAUUUGGCGCAUACGCUAUAUUUUCUUUAUUACAUGCAUCAUGACCGUGCUAAUCAAUGCCUUCUCUUUGAGUGACGGUAUCCACUGAUCAUAUGAUCAGCCGCUAUAUCCAGAUUUUCAAAAGUUCUACAACUUUCAAUAUAUUUACUUCUCUCUUAACACAUUGAUGGUGAAUAUCUUGUGGUUAAACCAGUGUCCUAAAAAGGUUGUGAAUGGCUGUACCAUGAAACUAGACACAUAGGGGGAGAUUUAUCAAAACCUGUCCAGAGGAAAAGUUACCCAGUUGCCAUAGCAACCAAUCAGAUCGCUUCUUUCAUUUUGCAGAGGCCUUGUUAAAAAUGAAAGAAGCGAUCUGAUUGGUUGCUAUGGGCAACUGGGCAACUUUUCCUCUGCACAAGUUUUGAUAAAUCUCCCCCAUAGUCUCUAUGUCUUUGGUAGACUACCCUGAAAAACUUAGUUUAGGCCCACAGAAUUGCCACCAUCACUGUGUGUGGGCAUUGGUUCCUUGUAAGCAAGAAUGGAUGGUAAUCAAAUUACACCCAACACUUUCAUUUUGCUGAAUUGGCUUGCAGAGGUUUAUCUAUUCUGUGAAUGUGAACCUUAUGGUCACACUUUCUCUCCAUCUCAGCAUUGCACGGGAACAUUUCGGGAUUUGUAUAUUUUCUGUUUACUUACGUAGGAUGCCAAAUGUAUAUUUUUGCUUUUCUGUUAUAUUUCAAUUUGCAGUAUUGACAUGCACAUUUUGUUAGAUUUUCUUUUAUAUUUUAUUCUUCAUGUUUACAUUUUGUUUUUGUUUUUUUCUCUUUUUACAUUUCAACAUUUGUUUUUCUCGAGGGUUUGUGUAACUGCAUUUUUUUUAAAUAGACAAUGGUAUAUAUAAAUAUAUAUAUAUAUAUAUUAGAUUAUUAGCAUGCGUGCUUUGCAAUGAGACGUUUUAAGGGGAAAAUGGAUGUUUACAAUAGACUUGGUCCUAAUUUCACUAAUGAAAACUCAAUUACACAGAUCAACAUUCAGCACGAAUAUUCCAGCUUUAAAGGGGUUCUCCGGUGCUUAAACAUCUUAUCCCCUAUCCAAAGGAUAGGGGAUAAGAUGCCUGAUCGCGGGAGUCCCGCCGCUGGGGACCCCCGGGAUCAUGCACGCGGCACCCUGUUUGUAAUCAGUCAUCGGAGCGUGUUUGCUCCGGGACUGAUUAACGGCGACUACAGGGCGGGCGGCGUGUGACGUCACGCUCCGCCCCUCAAUGCAAGCCUACGGGAGGGGCUGUGAUAGCUAUCACGCCCCCUCCCGUAGGCUUGCAUUGCAGGGCGGAGCGUGACAUCACACUCCGGCGCAGGCGUGACGUCACACGCUGCCCGCCCUGUAGUCGCCGGUAAUCAGUUGGCUGUACUCUUUCUUUCCCUGGCAAAAUAUGGAUGUUUAAGCACCGGAGAACCCCUUUAAGUGCAGACAAUUUUGUUAAACAUUUGAUUGAAAAGCAAGGAAAGCCGCUAAAUUUCCUGAUCUAUUUCCCUAUGGGCCUAGAUGCCUCAGUAAUGAGGAAAGGGGAGACCAACAUUUUACUGUACAUCAAAUGGGAAUGUUGGACACAAGCAUGACUGAGGAACUUGUGUCCUGGAUUGUGAUGGCAUACUUCAAGAGAAGGGCUUCUGUCUUUUGAGUCUCACUUGCCUUGAUAUGCCCCUGCAAAGUAAAGCAUGUUGGACUGCUGCAUAUCAAAUAACCCGAAAACUACAUGAGUGGGGUGUAAUGAUGCAGUUUCUCCCCAUAAGUGAAGACAUCAGUUUAUAAUGGCGGCUAGUUUAUAUUUGCUGUAAAAGUGAUAGCAUAUGCCACCUAUGAAAUACUAAAGAGGUGCACUAUGGCUGUAUUAUGUCGAAAUAUGGCUGUGUUAUAUGAAUGUUGACCAUGAAGAUGGCCCUUGUAUAAAGACACUCUUUAUGGUUCUUGUGUGAAUGAAACACUAAGUAAAGGUUACAUUCCUGUACUAACCAAAUAUUGGAAAACAUAAUGUUAACUAAAUCUAGCUUAUAGAUAUUGGGCAAGCAUUAGAUACUCAACAGUCAAUAUCCUUCUUUUCAAUAUAAAAUGCUAUUUUCAGUAAGUGUUGUCGAAAUUUUCUAGGAGAAAACAGUGAAUGUUUAAGUCUGUAUUGGUUUUAGAUCAGCGUUAUGGAACCCCCUUUCCUACUGUUGCACAUGGGCAAUAUCUCCAGCUUUUGACCUUCUAUUAGCCUGAGUUAAGAGCUAGCUAACUAAUGGCAGCUCCCACUCGGCAGACCCAGUCUGUCCAGUUGCUGCAGGGGAAAUGCUUAGUUGGCUGUACUCUUUCUUUCCCUGGCAAAAUCAGCUAUUUGCCAACAACACUCAUGUUAAAGGGGUUGUCUGUGGCGAGAGGGCAUCUUUACCUAUUGUGCAUUCUUGUUCAAAGUGAGUGCAGAAAGUUACUGUGUUUGUUCUAGGAAAUUUCUUGCAUGGUUACCAUGUAUAUGAGAGGUGUGUGGGGCAGUCUUAUUUUGCCUGUCUGUUCAUGACAAUUCAAAGACCAUGUCAACUAUUUUAUGUAUUGACCAACAAAUAUCUGCCAAAAUGUUUUAUUUAAUGCCAGCUCACACAUGUAGUCCUAUAAACUUGAAUCUCUUUAUUUUCUUAUUUUCUUCAUAUAACUUUUACCAGGAUGCUGAAACCAUUUCAGAUUCACCUCUUUUCAUACAAUAAACAAUUUGAGUAUGUUUGAUUGAUACUAUGUACUUUCAUUUUGUUUCAAAUUAUCUUUGGUAAGGAAAAAAAAGAAAAAAGAAAAAAAAGAAAAAUAACAAUAAUUUGUAUUAAAAUAAUUACAAUAAAAACCCUUUCCCCAUUUUGCUGUCAGCUUGUGCACAGUAAACGCGUGAAUAUUAGUGUGAAAUGUGUUUUUGUCAUAGUAUCAGAAUUAAAAAGGAAUAAAUAAAGCAUCAAAAAGGCUAGUUCUGGUGGUGGAACAAUAGUUGGUGGGCGUUACAGCCUAGAAAACUUUUAAAAGUUGCAAAUCCUGGUGAAUCCUUUACAUGGUUCCUCAGAUUAUGUCAAGAUGACAGAAAGUUCUGCUUUAGUGUGUUUCCAUGCCUUUAACAGUGAAUGAACAUUUGGUUAAAAUGCAAUUUUUUUUUUUUUUAUGAUUGCAUCUGGAAGUGAACAAUGCUAAGUAAAUUUAAACUGUGAAAAAAAAGGUCUUGUCACAAUGCUAUGUGUUUAUUACUGUUUGUUUUUUUCUCCUUUUUUCACAUUUUCACUUAUGCUAUAGGGAUGAAAAUGGAGGGAUUUCCUAAACACUCAAUGCCAUGUAGGGUCUAUAGGCUUAAAUUAUGUUAUGUUCUUCCUGUUCUUCUUAGGAAGUAUCCAUGUCCUACAACAUUGUAAGGACAUAUGCUGUGGUGUAGAUUAGUAAGCCCUAGGAAUGUUCUCCCUUACUAAGGAACCACUAUACCUAACCCCCUACAGCUCUUGCCAUUGCUUUUUUUUUUAAGGACACUUAUAACCAGUUUGUAAAGAACUUUAGUAGUAACAUGGAAGAAACUCUGAUCUAUAGUAGAUGAUGAGAUUAGUUUAUAGGGAAUAAAACAAAAAUGCUAGUACAACACUUUUGGCUUCAAGUAUGCAGCUAAUAAAACAUAUACAACAUAUGAAGUUGUAGCUGCUGGAGUGCCAUAUAUUCGUUACCUUUGAACUAUAAAAUAAAGUAAAGCAGAAGAAAUCGAGAAUAGUGGUUUUUUUCAGGGUUUUUUGUAAUGACCAAGUUUAGGAAAUAAGACACUGAAUGUUUAAGCUGAGCCUUGGGUCAUAUGUUAGCACUACAAUUGGAAUCUUGACACUGUUUUUAGGGACCAAGAUUAUAUAUACACUUGUCAUGUAUGAGUACCUAUGUAUUAUUCUAAUGUUAGGCACUGUAUAUUCAUCUGCAGAAAAGGACAAGCUUGCAUUGCAUCCUUUGGAUAGUCAAUCAGUCUUCUGUGAAUACAAAAUUUGUAUGCUCAUUGCUGAGAUUUAAGUUGAAGCGUUCUGUAUAUGACACCUUGGUUAAGCCCAUAUUUUGUCCUGGGCGAUUGUUGACAGUUCAAAUGCCUCCAUUCCCAUCCCUACCCAAUAUUCCCUACUUCUGGGGCCUUCUCUCUUGUUAAAGAAAAAACUUUUUACCAAGUGAAUCAUUGACUACCAACUUUAUUCCCAUUCUCACUGCUGUAAAUACUGAGUACUAACGGAGAACUUUGCAUUCUGUCAAAAUACUUGUGUUCAAUAAAAAGUACAAAAAGUACAA